GACGUAUUAUGAGAGAGUUUUGUGCUCUCCGUGCAAAGUCCUACGCUUACAUUUUAGAAGAUAAGGAGAAAAUCAAAGCAAAAGGAAUCCGUGGACAUGUUGUUAGAAACCACAUGACUUUUCAAGAUCAUAAACGGUGUUUGUUUGGUGAUCCCAGUUUGGAAGUAACAGCAUCAAACGUCUCUAUCCGUUCAUUCAAACACAAAUUAAAGACCAUUAAAUCCAAUAAAUUAACUUAUAACAGUUUUGAUGAUAAAAGGGUUAUACUUGAAGACAAAGUACACACCCUAGCUCAUGGACACUAUUCUAUAGAGGAGGAACUCGAAGCAGAACUAGAUAGUUAGUUUUUUGUAAAUACUCCUGUAUAUAUUUUUUGUAAAGAUUAUGCCUGUAUAUAUAAUUUUUUUUUUUUUUUGUAAAUAUGUUUUACUAUAAAUUAUUUCUUUGUAAAUAC